AUGAAAUAUGUCUUCGCUACGAUUGUGCUCGCCCUUGGGACAGUCCCAGUUGGAACCGACAUUUUCAACUCUGUACGCUCCUCACUCACGUUCGUGGAUAGUUCGCAGUUUGUUGGAUGCGUAUACUCCAUCAACAUACCGCCGAAGCUGAACACAACCCUAAUUGCUGCUGACGUUAUCGUCCUUGUUCUGACAUGGGUCAAGUCAUUCGCGCACUGGCGCGAGAUGCAACGACUCAACCUCACAUCUUCUAUUACUGCUGUGUUACUCAGAGACGGCAUGAGCAUUCUGCAGCUUCUAACCUACUCGAGUGGUCCCGCAGAAGGUGGCACUUAUGCGACCAGCUUUGUCAAGUAUAUGCCUCCGUUGUUGAUCCAACGCUUCAUCCUCAAUCUCCGCCAGCUCAACUCCACCGCUCAGGCCAGUGAAAACAACUCGGAUGCCCAACACUUUUCGCGCUUCUCUGUCAGCUUCAGGGUGCCCUCCGACUUCCUUGGGAAUAUUGGCGAGCCUCUGGACCGUGGACCAUCAGAGCCACUCGGAGCCGAAGAAGAUGGCGACCCCGGCCAAUAUUCUGAGGCAAGGGAGACACAGGACGGACUCGAUGGGGGUCUCGCACAUCAGGCGAGCCCGUCGAAUACGCGCAGAGAAGAGCAGACGGAAGCCGGUAUUGUUUCGGUGCCGCGGUACACCGGACGUGAGAGCGAAGAGGACGACAUCGGGUCGUCUGCUCCUCCGCGCGCAAUGAUGAUUGGACCUUCUACGGUUGCAGAUUAGG